CAUCGAAACAAUAGAUAUGAAGGUAUUCAUCACUUUCCUGGUUGUCACCUUGGCCUUAGCUGCUCAAGGAUCUUAUGUUCCAAAUGUUUGGCCAUCUCAAUCGGCGGGGUGGAAUUCCUGGAACGGAUGGAAUGAUCAUUGUGCGAUAGCUGCCUAUCCUUACGGUAAAUCCUGGCCCUCCAUUCUACAAGCAGCUCCCCUACAGAAAGGAUGGAAUGGUUAUUACGAUGGUGCUAACUCGUGGGGCCUUCCAUUGGGAUCCUAUGGAAGUGGAGCAUACGGUUGGGGUCAUCAACAGGGACCUGUGAAAACCGUUAUUCCGGCUAAGAUUAACUCCUGGGGACUGCCUUGGGAAAACUACGGAGCAGGAGCUUACGGAUGGGGACACCAGAACGUGGUUAAGUCGGUGAUUCCCGUGCAGAAACAGAUCGCCGUUGUUCCGGAACCGUCGUACGUGGCCCCACUGGCAGUUCAAAAGGCUAUUGUUUAUUGAAAUGGAUUUACAAUUGCUGAAUAAACA